CUCAGAUGUGAUUUUUUAAAAAUAUUUGGUUGAAAGCUAGCUUAUUAUCGUAACGUAUAGGACAUUCCUAAAUAACGUACUAUCUUUUACGUGAUCCAGAACCUAUAAACUUAAAAUUUAUGAUUUGUAGCAAAAGAAUAUUUGUUUUUUGGACCACGAGCGCGCGCUAUUGAAGGGAGUCUCGGAGAAACUGGUGAAUUUGUUGCCAUGUGACCAGGAGAUCGCGGGUUCAAACUGUGGAAACAACUUCUUACAGAAUCUACGAGAUAAGACUGCGUACAAUAGACCCUUGUCGUCUGGACAUGUGAAGAGGAGAUCACUGGUACAAGUCGUGGAAACAACUUCUUGCGGAAUCUGCAAGAUAAGACUGCGUACAAUAGACCCUUGAGGUAUGGACAUGUGACCAGGAGAUCACGGGUUCAAGCCGUGUAAACAACCUCUCGCAGAAUCUGCAAGAUAAGACUGUGUACAAUCGAUCCUUUUGGUCUAGACGCGGGACGAGGAGAUCAUAGGUUCAAGCUGUGGAAACAACUUCUUGUAGAAUCUACAAGAUAAGACUGCGUACAAUAGACCAUUGUGGUCUGGACAUGCGACCAGGAGAUCACGCGUUUAAGCCGUGUAAACAACCUCUCGCAGAAUCUGCAAGAUAAAACUGCGUAUAAUAAACCUUUGUGGUCUGGACAUGUGCCCAGGAGAUCACAGGUUCAAGCCGUGGAAACAAUCAACAACAACAACAACAUACCCAGUAUAUUCCCAUAAAGUGGGGCGUGGUGAGGGUAAGUGUACACCGUCCAUAUCACUGCCUCAGAAAUGAGAUAUUGCAAGGCUGUUUCCGAUAGACCGCCAGCUCAAAAUAAGCCGUGGAAACAAUCUUACAGAAUUAGAAUUGCAAGAUAAGAUUACGCACAUGAAUAGACUAUUGUACUCUGGACCCCGUGCAUAGCGGAAGCUUUUAGUGCACUGAACUGCUCUUUUUUUUUAUUGGACCAUGAGUGCUAUUACACUGUGUACAUAUCAUCAUAAAAUUCUAACAUUUCAGCCAGUAAUUGCUGAAAUUUUAUAGAGGAAAAAUGAGUAACAAGAUGUUGAGUAUCCAUUGAUUGCAGAAAAUGGAAAUGAAGAGUGUAAGAAGAGGGGAAGAUGUGAUGAAAUUUUAGGAGAAGUGAAGAAGUUGUUAGUAUUAGCAGUGCCACUUAUGUCAGUAAAUUUUUCACUAUUUGCUUUACAGGUUAUAUCUGUCAUGUUUGUUGGUCAUCUUGGUGAAUUAGCUCUUUCUGGUGCUUCUAUGGCUACUUCUUUUGCCUCUGUGACCGGUCUCAGCUUGUUGAUGGGACUGGCAAAUGCAUUGGACACUUUAUGCGGGCAAUCAUACGGCGCAAAGCAAUAUCAUAUGGUUGGUAUCCAUAUGCAAAGGGCAAUGUUCAUUCUUCUACUCGUCAGUGUACCUCUUGUCUUCAUUUGGGCUAAUGCAGGGCGUAUUCUCGUAUUAUUGGGACAAGAUCCGGAAAUAGCAGCCGAAGCAGGAAGUUAUGCACGCUAUAUGAUUCCAACUAUUUACGCGUACGGAUUUCUCCAGUGUCAUAUUAGAUUUCUGCAAGCUCAAAACAUUGUGCUACCGAUGAUGUUCAGUGCCGGAAUCACUACUUUGCUUCAUAUAUUCACUUGUUGGAUUCUCGUCUUUAAAUCUGGCUUAGGCAACAAAGGUGUUGCUCUCGCUAAUGCCAUAUCGUACUGGAUUAAUUUCUUGUUGCUAGCCGUAUACGUCAGAAUAUCACCUUCCUGCAAAAGCACUUGGACCGGAUUUUCAAAAGAGGCGUUUCAUGAUACUUGGAAGUAUCUAAAACUCGCAAUUCCAUCAGCUGCUAUGUUCUGCUUAGAGAUUUGGUCUUACGAAACGAUGGUUCUGUUGUCUGGACUUCUUCCAAAUCCGAAGCUCGAGACUUCAGUUCUUUCUAUCAGCCUUAAUACAUGUUGGAUGGUGUAUAUGAUACCUUUAGGACUAAGUGGUGCUACAAGCGUGAGAGUUUCAAAUGAACUAGGCGCUGGACGACCUCCAGCAGCUCGUUUAGCAGCUUGCACAGCAGUAUUCGUGGUGGCAACAGAAGGCGUUGUCGCGGCAAUAAUUUUGAUUUCAGUUCGUAAACUGUGGGGAUACUGUUAUAGCACCAAGGAAGAAGUAGUCGUAUAUGUAGCGAAAAUGCUGGUCUUGAUAGCGGCAUCGCACUUCUUAGAUGGUAUUCAAUCUGUACUUUCAGGUACCGCGAGAGGGUGUGGAUGGCAAAAGAUCGGGUCAUUUGUUAACUUGGGAGCUUAUUACCUUUUCGGAAUACCUGCUGGUGUUAUAUUAGCUUUCGUUUAUCAUUUUGGUGGAAUGGGACUUUGGUUCGGAAUCACUCUUGCGCUUUUUGCACAAGCACUGCUACUUUUAAUAGUUACUUUGCGGACGAAUUGGGAAAAAGAGGCAAAGACGACAGCUGAUACGGUGACCCCAGAGCUAGCUAGCAUAGAAGGAAGUGAAGAAUGAGACUCGGGAUUUACAUGUACCACGAUCAAAUAUUUAGCAAACUCUGUCUGUUAUAUUUUGCAAACGUGCCAAAACUGUUCACUAUUUCGAACACACCACACCACACCACACGUAAAUAUAUGGGACCCUCGGGAUUUACAUGUACCUCGAUCAAAUAUUUAGCAAACUUUGUCUGU